CCUCCCGCGGUUCGCACAACUUUUGCGGCUGAAAGCGCGCUCGCAUCUCGCUCCUCUCGCCGCCGCCCUCGGCCCGGCGCCCGGCAUGUGAGCGCGGGCGGCCGCCGCCACCAUGGCCUCGCCGCGCGCCCCGCGGUGGCCGCCGCCGCUGCCGCUGGUGCUGCUACUGCUGCUGCUGCCACCGCCCGCCACCCCCAGGAUGCGGGGCCCCCUUCUCUCCCCGGCCAACCGCGCGCUCCUCCCGGCCGUGGGGCCGCCUUCGCCGCUUGGCCCCGGACACAUGGCCCCCGGGCCCGGCGUCACGACCCGGCGGGGACGGUCUGGCCGGAUCCCCAGAGGCGUGAACGCGGUCACUGCAAGGAGCCAUUGGACAGAAAGUAACAACACUGAGCCCCACAUAGGAAAUACCCCCUUCUACCAGAGUCAAGACGACCAUUCAGGUUCCAGAAAGGGAGUGACAGCUCAGACUGCCAGAAUGAGCCACAGUUCUUCAGAUGCCUCAGGAAACCCCUCUUUCCUGCCUGAGACAAACGCAGAGGGGAGGAUCAAGCCUUCCAGCAGAGCAGUGGCUACCGUUCCGCAUGCUGGACGCGCGCCUGAGAUGACCACGGCCCUGGCCGCCCAUGGCAGCUCCUUGUCCUCGGAGAGCCUUCCCCAGUCAUCCAGCAGUUCCAGGUCAGAAGGAGGAAUCACCGUUUCUCAGACAGAGAGUGGAAUAUCCCCAGACUUCCUGGAGAUGGCAAGGGAACUCCCAGAAGAAGGGACUGUGCACACACAAGUGGCUGGCAUUUGGGUUUCCAGCCAAGCUUCUCUUCCUGCUUUGGAACUCAGGGAGCCAACCAUGUUCUCCCAGAAGAGAAAUUCAUCAGGCCAGGAGCACUCCGGGCUGCGAUUCCCUCAGACCCAGAGUCAACCUCCUCCCUCAGGCCAUCCCUCGUCUUCUGGAAGUAUAAAGAAUUUUACCGACCCCUCUAAUCUCCAAAGCCUGUCAGUCACUCAGACAAAGAGUACACAUGCCACCAACACAUUCACUGAUGGUGUCACCAGAAUGCUCCGAUCUUUGACUGUCAGCAUGGAACCCGUAAAUGAGACAGAGAGCUUGCCUGCGCAUUCCAGAAUUUUCGUAACGUCAGCCUCAGUCCCUUCUCCGCCCUCUGUGGGUGACUCUAGGACAGAAAGCAGACUCACUGAGAGACCCGGAGACGGAGAAGGCAUUGAGCCAUCUACAGAAAACGGAGUUGGAAUUCCAUCCAUACACUGGCAAAGUGAUUCCCCCACCUUUGGAGGGCAUCAGCUCGCCGGCAGCCCUGAAGCAGGAAAUGGCAGUGCCACGCCUCUGACUGAGGUAGCUUUUAGGCCAGUCCCCUCCUUUGCUGGUGGAGCGAACACAGGACAGUGGUUCCCCGCCAAGAGAAAACCGUCUAUAGAUACGGCAGAGAGCUCUGCUUCACAUCCAGACAUGAGGAGCCCUUGGGUUCGGACUCCGUUCUCACACACUGCACAGCAGCCCCGAGAUGGUGGCUCGAGGUUGGGUAGGAAGAAUUUCUCAGAUUCUUCAUCUUCAGCUUCCUCGGAAAGUCUGGAUUCCUCAGCCACACGUGGAGGACAUUCAAUUCUGGAACACAGUGUGCUACUGAGCGACAGCUCGGACCGGGCAGGGAGCACUUCAGGGGUGCGGUCCCCACACAUGCACACGUCUACGAUGCUCACCCGGAGCGGGGAGCGCACACUGCGGUCCCUCGGACUCUCACACGCUGCUACGCACCCCGUGCACCCUAUUCUGCGUGGGAACGUGACGGAGCAUGCUGGCCUGCUGUCCCGGGCACCUACCCUUGGAGUCACUGAGCUGAACCAUGGUCCAGACCAUGCCUAUGCGUCGUCUGCUUUCACCAAAGGAGAGCGGUCAUUACUGUCCAUUACAGAGAACUCUUCCUCCUCAGACACCAGCGAGAGUGCAACUUCUUCUGCUAAGAUCUCAGACUCUCCACGCGUAGACUUUUCUUCUUCUCAGGGGCAGACUAAAAGAAGUAACGCGUCCUCCUACAAUGGCGAACCUGCUCAGUCUUCCACCGAGUCGCUGGUUCUGCAUCCAUCCAAUCUUCCGUCCUCCGCAUCCACCGCGAAUAUGCCAAACACCCUGGUUCUUGAUGCCAGCACUAAACCUGUUGAGGACCCAUCCGAGUCAGAGGCCCCUUGGCCCCUUCCCUCAGAGUCACCUCCCCACCGGUUUUUAGCCACCGUGCCAUCAACGGGGUCUCCCACACAGCAGCUAAAGUCUACCUCCGACACAGCCACGCCCUCGUCAUCCUCACCGUCACCUUUGCCUGUCUCCUUCAUGGUGUCAACACUCACCCCACACUCCGUCUCACAAGCAACCUUCCCACGCUCAUCUUCUACCCUAGUCCCCCAUAGGGCGAGGGAGCCACGCGUAACAUCGGUCCAAAUGUCCACAGUGGAAUCAGCCAUAGCCAUGUUCCCCGGUAACCAGACAGUAGACCCCAAGAACCAGAGCGCCCCGCAGCCAGAGAAAGCCAUCAUAGAGACACACUCACCACGCCUGGUGUCUCUGCCCACAGAUCCUACCCAAGCAGUAACGAUGAGCCUUCCUCCAGGAACCCCUUGGUCCCCAGCCUUAAUGGGGUUCUCCACAGAGCCAGCCCUCCCAGCCACGAGCACCAGCUUAGCCCAGAUGUCUCCAGCUUUGAUGUCUUCCACUUCCCAGACUACCCACUCUCCUGCCAGCAGUCCCAGCACCCUGUCAAGCACAGAAGCUUUGACUCCGGGUGUCGUAGUUGUGCACAUUACCCCUGAGAAACAGCACCUGCCGACCAGUCCUGAAAUUCCAGUGCCGCAGACCUCCACAGAAGGGGCUCUCACCACAGAAGGGAACCAGGUGCAAAUGGGUCCUACCACCUAUGCUGUCCCUCUGACUACUACACCCACAUCAGCAGAAGCUAUCACAAAACUUGACCAGGCAGAAGAGGCCAGCCCGGUUUUACCUUCUCUCAGACCAUCUUCCCCUCAAACUACAAGUGUUUCUACGGCUGAAAUGUUGACGUCCAAAUAUACCACCAUUGCUGCUCAGAGCACCCCAGAGUCACCAAUAGCGCUGUCACCUCCAGCCCCAGUCAACAGCUGCACCGUGAACCCUUGUCUUCAUGAUGGCGAGUGUAUCGUGGACCUCACCGUGAGUCGUGGGUAUCGAUGUGUGUGCCCACCUGCCUGGCAAGGGGACAACUGCAGUGUGGAUGUGAACGAAUGCCUCUCGAGCCCCUGUCCGCCCCUAGCCGUGUGCAACAACACUCAGGGGUCCUUCACCUGCAGGUGCCCAGUCGGCUAUCAGCUGGAGAAAGGAAUAUGCAAUCUGGUUAGAACCUUCGUGACUGAGUUUAAGUUAAAGAAGACUUUUCUCAAUACUACUGUGGAAAACCAUUCCGACGCUCACGAGGUUGAAAACAAGAUCGCUGAAACCUUAAACUUGUGUUUCUCGACGUUACCUGGUUAUAUCCGAUCUACAGUCCGUGUGUCUAGAGAGCCCAGCACAGUGGUGAUCUCGCUGCAGUCCACCUUCACCCUGGCCUCCAACGUGACACUCUUUGACCUGGCCGAUGUAAUCCAGAAAUACGUCAACUCCUGCAGGUCCUCUGCUGAAGUCUGCCAGCUCUUGGGGUCUCAGAGGCGGAUCUUUAGAGCGGGCAGCUUGUGCAAGCGGAAGAGUCCAGAGUGUGACAGAGAGACCUCCAUCUGCACCGACCUGGAUGGCGUGGCGCUGUGUCAGUGCAAGUCCGGCUACUUUCAGUUCAACAAGAUGGAUCACUCUUGCCGAGCGUGUGAAGAUGGAUACAGGCUUGAAAACGAAACCUGUAUGAGUUGCCCGUUUGGUCUUGGUGGUCUCAACUGUGGAAACCCCUAUCAGCUCAUCACCGUGGUGAUAGCGGCAGCUGGAGGUGGCCUUCUACUCAUCCUGGGCACCGCACUCAUUGUUACCUGUUGCAGAAAGAGUAAAAAUGACAUAAGUAAACUCAUCUUCAAAAGUGGGGACUUCCAAAUGUCCCCAUACGCCGAGUACCCCAAGAAUCCUCGCUCACAAGAAUGGGGCCGAGAAGCCAUUGAAAUGCACGAGAACGGGAGCACCAAAAACCUCCUGCAGAUGACAGACGUGUACUACUCGCCCACAAAUGUAAGGAACCCUGAACUUGAACGCAACGGACUCUACCCGGCCUACACUGGACUGCCCGGAUCAAGGCACUCCUGCAUUUUCCCGGGACAGUAUAACCCAUCUUUCAUCAGCGAUGAGAGCAGGAGGAGAGACUACUUCUGAGUCCAGGAGGGAGAGGGGCCCGUUUCUCUGAGCCACUUCUCCAGACCUCUGGCUCAGGGGACUGCACGGAGAGGGAGCGCCACGCACUAGCUGCUCCCAGGACUCGUCAGAGCCACACUUGAGGGGUAUGACCACAGUGGAAGGGGACAGAUGGAUGCGGAACCGCGGAGCGCUCAUUCCGCGCUGUUAUCACUGUGAACAUGAACGUGGGCCAGUACCGAGUCUCCGAAUGUCUGGCGCGUAGAACUGACUUACACAGACGACCACUAGGCGGCAUCAUUUCCAGGCCCCAGUUUCCCCGUAAUUUGCACUUUAAUAGAUUGGGCAGGGAGGUUUCAUUUUUGACUCAUUUCCAGGCUGUUUCGGAUAGGCCUUCCUUUCCUAGGAUACUAAUACAGGCCUCAGUUUGGUGAUUGACUGGCAGCCAGGUGCUGGCACUUUCGUUUUCCUGCCUGGUGCCUUGUAUUAAAGAACAGAUGGAGGUAGACACUGCUGUGAUCAAGCGAUGCUGCAGCCAGGGCAUGGAAUUUUAAGGUUUCUAGGUUGCCUGUGCUCAUUUCCAAGCAAACACCCCAAAUGAGAACUUGACCUUUGCAAGGUGCAGCACACGGCUUCCAUUUGUUUUCUAAGUCAAGGUGACACGCCUGCUUACGAUUUAUUGAUCUUACUUUUCCCAGCAAGAAUGCAUCAGGGUAGAAUAGUUUUCAUUUGGUAUCGUUUCAUUAGGCGUGCCCAGCUGCCCCUUAGCGAGUCCCAGCAGGCAAUAUUAGGCCGGUCUUCCGUGUGGUAGGGUGGUUUUGAUCUACAAGGGAAUGGCGUGGGCGCCUGGGACGCUGACGCCCAGCGUGGAGUUAGAGUCUGCGUGGCCGUAGCAGAAAAGGGAGAGGCGAUCUAGUGUGGCGAUCUAGUGUGUCGCCACUGUAGUCCCCACAGCAGGAUGUGGCAGAGGGCUGGACUGAAUAACCUGGCCUGUUUCCUGCAUCACCCAGCGUUUUGAGAAGCUGCGGGGUUUCCCCAAGGAAGAACAGGGAGCUAGGAGGGAGUCACAGGUAAGGGUGUGUGCCUUCUGAUCUUUGAACCGAUAGUGUCCACAAACUCAUGGAAAUUUUUAACCACUAUUUACUCGCUGGAGAGGGAACUUGGUCAUUUCUCUCACCCGGUCAUCAGUAUGUCUGUGUUCUUGUGCAGCGCCCCCUGGAGACAGUCAUGGUCCAAAUCAGCCUUGGAGAACUAAAGUUUGGCCCUCUAGGGGUCUGAGAGCUUGCUUUGGGGAACGGAAGUUUUGUGUCUUGUUUAUUGUAUUGUGGUAGGAGCCCUGUGUGUGUGUGUGUGUGUGUGUGUGUGUGUGUGUGUGUGUGUGUGUGUGUGUGUGUGUGUGUGUAGCAGGGGAGGUUCUGUGCCCUGUGGAACUACAGUCAUUUAUCAGUGUGUGGAAUAUCCUGGUUUUAGAUGAAGAGUUCAAAGCAUUGCCCCCCCCUCUGAAGCUGGGAAUUCAGGGGUGUAUCUUUCUGGAAAUGGAACAGCUGUUGGAAAUAGAUCUGUGUGUGUUUGUUUGGGGUUCUCUGGUUCCUCCAAAAUGUAUGCAGGUCCCCAUCCUGUUUUAAGUGUGCACUGUGUCCCAUAGUCUCUACCACUCGGGACCAUUAGUCAGGUGCAGUGGAUUUUAAUCAUCAGAAUGCGCUCACUAGUACAGAGAAUUCUGUUGCUGUUGGCUGAUGCAUUGGCAUCUAGAAGCCAUGGGUCUCACCUCUGCCCCACUGUGGAACUGGCAGCUCCGUGUACAUUUGUGAGCUCCUGUGCACCACUUGCCUGAGCUCAGGUCCCCUGUGAGGUAGCCUGGUUCUAGCCCUUCCCUCAAUGUCCCUGUUUGUCCCCAGCCUUACUGCUGUGAGAAGAGCCAGUGUGGCAGCUGUUCCUAGGCACACUUCUAGUGCCUUCAGCUGGCAUCACAGCUGGUGAGCGCCUGUACAGGGCCAGAAGCCUCAAGCCCCAAACAAGGAAAUUUUUCAGAAAAAAAAAAAUCCUGGAAGGAAUCCCAGUGUCCAGAAAAGUGUCCCGUGAAUCCAAAAAUGCUUGCUGGCUCAUGAGUUUGGUCCAAAUAGAGUUAAUUAAGUGUAUUUCAUUUUGUUCCUUUUUACUGUGGUAAAAGUGAGAGCGCUGAGCAAGGGUGAAUUUAUACCGAGUCUACCGUCUCAGGGGUGGGGCUUAAGGUAGAAAGGGUGGAAGAAUUUGUAAAAGAGAUGGGACUUACCUGGCACUCUCUGCCCACCAUGGGAGGAAUGCAGUGUCUGGGUGCUCUCCUCCUCGGGGUUACAUCCAGAUGGAGCAUGGAGAUAGGACAUCAGCAGCCCGUGAGCAGGACAGACAGAAUGAACACAUGCCUAGACAUGCAGACUCUCUGAAGGACACAAGUGCUCACAGUCAGUCCGCACACUCAGAACACAUAAUUCACAUGCGUAGAUAUGUCGCAGUCCUGCAUUUGGGUCCCAUGAUGAAGGAAGAGGAGAUGCUUGUUGCAGAAGAGCCAGGCCAGGCAGAACUUGUCCAUCCCUAAGGGGUUCAGGAAUAAGAAAAGGGGUGCUUCUGGAAUCCAGUCUGAGCUCAGUGUAAAUGCCAAGGGGUCUUUUUUUUUUUCAUUGCUCCACAAGGCAGCUCAUGACACUGGGGCCCAUCUCUGAAGAGGAUAAGGAUAACUAGCGUCAUGUGUUCCUAUGAGUCUAUGCAAGGUAUUUGGUGAUAGUUGAUGAUGAGCGUUCAGAGAGGGCCCUGGGGAAGUAGUUCGGAUGACAGAGAGCUUGCCUUGCAUGUGCGGGCCCUGGGUUUGGUCCUGGGCACCACAGUGUUACACUCCUGUGACCCCAGCCCUCAGAAAGUCAGAACGUCAAGGGUUUCCUGCAGUACAUGACACCCAUCUCAAAAAGGAAAAUAUUAAUGUGUUUGUAGUUGGCAAGAAGUAUAUUGGUACGUGGCUUGGGCUGCCAGAAGUGAAAGAGAAUGGUCUAGGUGGGUUUUUUGAUAGGCAUAACCAGACUGAGGCACCCAUUUGAGGGCUGCCUGCUUUAUUCUCAAAGUGAGGCCAUGGCUCCUGCAUAUUCAAUGUGUGAACCUGUAGGAGCUGGGAACGUAGUUGAGUGUCUGGGGUGCCGAAGGAGCUUCCUUAUUGGGGAGGUUAUUCUUAGAAGCACCUAAGUCUUAUUGAGCCAGAACUGGUUGGUGUAUGAUUGGUGCAGGCAAGCUGCCUGGUGGCAUUUUGAGGUCAAAGAUGACUAUUAUGGUCUAAAAGAGGAAGUCGUAAAAGUUGGGCCACAGGAGACUGGCUGACGACCAAGAGUAAAGUCUUCAAAAUUGCUGCCUAUUCAAGUGUGGAGCUCCAGAGAGGGCACACUAGGGUCACCCCGGCACGUGGCUUUUGAAUGCCUCCUUAAGCCACCUUGCCCAGGAGUGACGUGCCAAGGUCUCUGUAACUGUGGGACUGGGCCUAAAGCAGUAAAACUAUACAGCCAUGUUGUCCUUGGCUACGUGUGCCAUAGUACACUCAAAACUAGGGGCUUUACACAUUCUAAAUUUAUCUUGAUUUUUUUUUUCUUUGAGACCAAAGCACUUCUUUGGGAAGAAGAAUACAAAGUUCUGUGUUUUCGUACUUUAUUUAAAACAGCCUGUAAUAGCAGAGACAUUGUCAUCUACCUGAAAGCUUUUGUUUUAGAAAAGGACACACACUUCUUCUUCCUCUUCCUCCUCCUCCUCCUCUUCCCCUUCCUCCUCCUCUUCUUAUUCCUCUUCUUCUUCCUCCUCUUCUUCCUCCUCUUUUUUCUCCCCUUCCUCCAGCUCCUCCUCCUUUCCCCCUCCUCCUCUCCCCCUCCUCCUCCUGCUGGAGGAUAGGGCCAGGAACCCAGGCCCUGCACGUACCAGGCAAGCACUGUGCCGUGCCGUGAAGCCGCAUCACACCCCAGCCCUGUCAUUUCUUCUUUCCUAACAGUAUCAUUCUAAAGUGCUCACCAGUGUGUUAGGAGACAGAAAUGCUUUCAUAGCUUAUUGCUGCGCAUGUGUGCUCUUUCUUUUCUCAAAUUCCAAAGGGGAAAACAAUAGGAACAUUAAAGUUAAAAUAAUUUUAAACUUUUUAAAAUAAGUGGUUAAAAUAAUAGGAACAUUAAAGUAUUAAAUGCCAAUCAAUUCCUUGUACUUAAGUGUCUCCACAAGAUUUCUCUGUGUAACAGCCCUGACUGUCCUGGAACUCGCUCUGUAAACCAGGCUGGCCUCAAACUCACAGACAUUCACCUGCCUCUGCUUGAGUGGUGGGGUUAAAGACAUGCGCCAUCACCACCCAGUGAGGUAACACCUAUGUCUGAUGGAAGCUUUAGCCCACAGAAUAGCCUGUGAAACCAAAGGGAGACCUUUAGGUAUGAAGAGAGGCGGGUCCCGGGCUGCACCUGUCACGUGGGCAUUUCCAAGGGGCUGCCUGGUCGAGUCGGCUAUAAUUUUAAAUGAAGGGCUUGAUGCCCUUGUCCUGAAUUGCUGGGAAUGGGGUGAGAAUAGGAGUGGGGUGGAAGUGGUUUGUCAGGGGAACUGAAUGCACUCGCUUGUCUUUGGGCAUUACCUAGGCCUGUUCUACAGAGAAAAUGACCAUUUCACCAUGAGUUGCUGUGAGUUGAUGUGUGUGUGUGUGUAUGUGUGUGUUUGUUGCUGGCCUUACGGUUAAAUGGAGAUGAAGCUGCAGUACGAACUCCGUUGCCAUUGUCCUGGGUUUUGUUCUGUACUCUUUGAAACCUGACACCCACGUUGACUGUGUGAAACCCAUCAUGAGAAUGUUAUUUAAAGUUGAUUAUAAUAUCGCCUCCACUAAUUAUUCAGUACUGUAGCAGCAAAGUAUUAUUUGUAAGAAUUCGGUUAUUUUUAUACUUAUAUCCACUCUAAGUCUGGCGUUCUAGUCAGCAAAAAAAAAAAUUUGAUGCAAUAAAAUUAAUAUCAUUCCCAUUGGUUUUCUCUUAAAACAAGCAAAUAAGUGUGUAAGAAGUUGUGUUGUGUUUUGUCUUGUUUUUUUACCAACAUGUCAUUUAAGUAGCUGAAGUGAAUAGUGGGCUUCUGGAUAGCAGAGAAAGGCCGUGAGUCACCUCUCUGUUCUCAAUGCCCGGAAGUGAAGAAACACUGCUGAAGAUGAUGGGUAAAUGGAAGGGUGGGUGGACAGACGG